GAAACGUCAAUCAAAUAAUGUUUUGUUCGUGUCAUUUUUUAAUUUCAUUUCCUAUUUGAUUAGUAGACCGUCCUAUUAGUUUGUGAUUGUUUUAAUAAAUAUAUCGUUAUGAUGGCUGAGGACACGACAGCCGAUGCGACUAGAAGAUUAAACGUUAAAAAACAAACGCUGGAUGACGCUUACGCGGCACCGGCGAAUUUCCUUGAAAUCGAUGUUGUGAAUCCAGUUACUAUUGCUGGUGUUGGGAAGAAACGCUACACGGAUUACGAAGUUCGCAUGAGGACGAACCUGCCAGUGUUCAAGGUAAAGGAGUCAAGCGUGAGACGGCGGUAUAGUGACUUUGAAUGGUUAAGAAACGAACUGGAAAGAGACAGUAAGAUUGUGGUACCACCUUUGCCUGGGAAAGCCUUAAAGAGGCAGCUGCCAUUCCGAGGUGAUGAUGGUAUAUUUGAAGAAGAAUUUAUAGAAGAUCGCAGAAAAGGCCUAGAAGUAUUCAUCAACAAGAUCGCUGGUCACCCACUAGCCCAGAACGAGAGGUGCCUUCACAUGUUCUUGCAAGAUCAAGUCAUCGAUAAGAACUACGUACCAGGCAAGAUACGGAAUACAUAAUAGCCAACUAUGGAGCUUGCCGCAUUCGACUUUUAAGACUAUUCUGUUUAUGUUUAUAAUUUAUUUUUUUAUUUGUUGUUUUACGGCUCUGGAUACAAGUCCUUU